UGACGUAACCAAGGCUGUAAUGUGUUACGUUUGAUGUUUUUUUCUUCUGUUGGUCUGGGUUUGUUGCGUUUCGAUUGAUUGGUUCAUGAUAACAUACAAAUUGAUCAUCAGGCAAAAACCGAAGUGUAAAGACAUCGAACACAAUUGUGAUCAGUCAGCCAGGUCAGCCAUGACGGCCAAACGUGCAGGUCUGAUCACCGACUCCUACAAGGUGGUGAAGAGAUCCAGGAGAGAGGAGAAGAGAGAGAAGAGGGCCCCAUCGCCUCCCCAAAAGGACGCUGAGCCGCGCCCCCUCACGGCCAGAGAUAAAGAGCUGCAGGAGCUGAGACAGUUUGACCUGGACUGGCGGUAUGGACCCUGCACAGGUAUCAGUCGUUUGCAGCGGUGGGAGAGAGCUGCACAGCAUGGGUUAAACCCCCCUCAGGAGAUCAGAGAUAUGCUGCUCAGCGCAGACACAGACCCAGACUACACACACUGCCUGUGGAGUGACUAUCCAUUGUGAGAAAUAGAAAGAGGUGAGACAGAGAAGAUAAAAGAAGAAUGUGCAAAGUUCAUGUGGUUUUGUUUUUGUUAAGUUCAAGUUUGACUGCAAACCAUCACACUACACUUUUUUAUUAAAAACCCUUUUCUACCAAAA